AUGAGCCUGAGGGCAUUCUCCCUGCGGCCAUGGGCCAUACUGGAGCCGGGAGGGCCUUGUGUAGGAUGCAUCUUAAAGAGCGGCCCUCCACAGCAGCACGCUCAACGACGGACCUUUACAGCAACGGCGAGAUACUUACAGAGCGAUACUCGACCAUGCCCACGCUAUCUGAGAAAGUCGUACUUCUCAUCCCAUGACCCAUUCACCGCGGGCGAGCUUAAAAGGAAAACCUCCUUGCCGUGGUCACGAACGAUAUCUUCGACACAGCACACGGGUGGUAUCUUCAAUUCGAAAGCCCCAACAACAUACACAACAACUUCGGCCAGUCGAGCACCAUUAAAGCCUCAGGAUGCUUUGGAAACUAUUGAGGAGCUCCCUCACCGACGGAGGCAGCGGUUAAAGGCGCAGGACGGAGCCAAUGCUUCAAAGCAAGAGUUACGCCUUGAUGCAUCUUCACAGCUCUCCGCCAUCUCCUCAUCAUUGCCAAAAUCCUCCUUGAAAGGCAAACUGGCCGCCUUUCUUGCCCUUACAAAGCCACGGCUAUCCUUUCUAAUUGUUCUUACAGCUACUACAGCAUACGGUCUCUACCCAGUUCCUUCGAUAUUACAUCUUGAUCCUUCAGUCACCCCUCUCCCGACUCUAUCUACUUCGACUUUGACGUUUUUUUACCUUUCUGUCGGUACAUUCCUAUCAUGCGCAAGCGCAAACACAAUAAACAUGCUCUUAGAGCCUAAAUAUGAUGCCCUUAUGACUCGAACGCGAAACCGGCCUUUGGUACGAAAGCUCAUGACUACUCGUGCAGCUGUGCUCUUUGCAAUCGGGACCGCAGCAGCAGGCCUUACUGCCCUGUACUUUGGCACAAAUCCCACCGUGGCAGGGCUUUCAGCAGCAAAUAUUGUUCUGUACGGCUUUAUAUAUACUCCACUAAAACGAAUCUCUGUUAUCAACACAUGGGUUGGAGCAGUGGUGGGUGGGAUACCUCCCCUGAUGGGCUGGGCGGCUGCGGCUGGCCAAACAGCCAUAACAGGUCACGAUACCUGGAAAGACUUGUUGUUUGGACCAGACAGCGCUGGAGGUUGGCUCCUCUCCGGCCUUCUCUUUGCAUGGCAAUUUCCGCAUUUCAACGCCCUCUCCCAUAUUAUUCGUGACGAGUAUAAAAACGCCGGGUAUAAGAUGCUUGCAUGGACGAAUCCCGCACGGAACGGCCGUGUUGCUCUGCGCUACUCCCUACUCAUGUUCCCUCUAUGUGCAGGCCUAUGGUGGGCUGGGGUAGUCGACAAGGGCUUCUUGGUUGGCGGCGUACUGAUCAACUCCUGGCUUACCAAAGAAGCGUAUCGGUUCUGGAAGCUCGAAGGAGCCAAAGGGACAGCACGAGGUCUAUUUUGGGCAAGUGUGUGGCAUUUACCCCUAUUGAUGGUCGGCACUCUGGCUGCUAAAAAGGGGAUUUGGGACGGAGUCUGGAGCAGAGCCAUGGGAUAUUCGGAGGACGAAGAUCUCGACGCUGAAGAACUUGACGAGCAAGCUGAUGUACUCCCACCACUACCGACAUCACCAGCACAAACCUCUUAA